AUGCCUCCUUCGGAGGUUCCUGUUGAAAAUGUCGACACCAUUAUGGUCGACACUUCCAUCCUCAAUCCGAUCCCUGAACCAGUUGUGAGAGCUUCACCGUCGACUGGCAUCUCUCCUGCUGCUGCCUUGGAGAAAGCUCAUGCCUCUACUGAGCCGACUCAACCUAUUGUUGACUAUACUCCCACGUCGUCGGUCUCUUCUCCAGCUCGCCCAUUUCAGUCUGUCGACAUUGCUGCUUCCUUGCCUUUGCAGGAUCCACUGGGGCCAGUAGGUGUCGACACCAACAAACAACAACCCUCUCAGAUUACUCCUCCAUCGACUGUUUCUCCCUCUCCACAGGUUACUCCUCCGUCGGCUGCCUCCCCUUCGACUUUCCCGGGGCUGGCGUUCAAGCCUUCUGCUUUAGAAGCAAUUGCCAGGCUCCGCAAUCUGAUGAAAUCGCGUGAUGCUUCUUCAGGCUCUGAGCAGAUCCAUUCUAGCAAAAUGGGCCCUGAGGCGACGAAGACUAAAGCUCUCGUGGACAAAAUCCGCGUUCACGCCUUGAAUCUUGACCUUCCUUUCGUGCUCAUGCAUGAGCCUGCUGUCGGUCCAGAGAUCCUGAGCGUGCUUGCCCAACUAAAGGGUCUCUAG